UCCGCUUAACUUUAUGGCUAUACGUGUAAACGUUUUAUUUGUCAUUAAAACUAUGAGCGGCUUUUGAAAUCAAACUGAAAAACGAAUUAACCCUUGCCCUCGGAAUUAGAAGCAUUGAAAAGCAAUACGCGAGGUUUUCCAUCACCCCCUCCUAUCGUCAUCUUCGGUAUCUACCUGAUUGGUUCUGGUUGAUGCGAAUGUUACACUUCGGACAGUAUAUAUUUUCUUCAGAAAGGGUUAAUUAGCAUUAGUAGAAUUCAGUUUAGUGGUUAACUUCAGUUUGGCUGUAAUAGUUACACAAUUAUGAGUGAAUUUUCCUGUUCUCUUAACGAUAGUCCCAUCGACAAUACAUUUCCUGUGAUACAAGAAAAUUAUCAAGAGCAAUAUUUCGCUGUACAGCAACCGUAUUCUUUUGCAAACGAGCAAGUUCCAAUGGCAAGUCAGGAUAAUUUUCGAAUAACGAUGGGCAAUUAUGAAAUAGCUCAGAACCGCUUACCAGGAGUCAACCAGAUGAUCGUAUGUCCACCAUAUCCACCAAGUCAAAACUAUCAGCCCCAAUAUGCAGAUCUUUCAGCAGUGUUCGCGCGAAGCAGUCAUAUGAUUAACCCAACAUUGAAUGAUGUCAAGAGAGUUAGAACACAAUAUAGGGCACAUCAAAUAAUUCAAUUAGAAAAUACGUUUAACAACAGCAAAUACCUGUCGAGGACACAGCGAAUUAAUCUUUCCGAACAGCUGAAUAUGACUGAGAAGCAAAUAAAGGUGUGGUUCCAAAACAGGAGGAUGAAGCACAAAAAACGAACUCGUUUGGAUCGUCCUGUUAGCAGCAGUGACUGUUCCUAUACGAUAAACAGUUCACCAGCAUCAAAUCCUGUUCAGGGUCCAAGGCAAAUUCAGAUGUACGAACAUCUUCCACCGUUUACUUUUGGUAGUAAUACAAUUGAGCCCAAUUCUACAUGUCCUCAACCUAUUCCCAAUCAGCUCAAUAAUAACUUGUCGGCCUCAGAAGAAGAAUUGUUAAACCUGUCAGAUAUGAAAUUAUAUGAAUUUGAUUUUGACGAAGUUGCAAAUGUAUUAAAUGCUCUUGGUUAAAUUUAUACUACUUUAAGGGUUAGUGACGUUUCGAAAAAUUGUAUCAAACUCAUUAAAAUGAACCUGAUUAUAAUUACUAAUACGUACGUAUACGUACUUAUUAUUUCUGUGAUGUACCCUACUCUAAUACACGAUAUUGUUGUUGUUAUUAGUUAGGCAAAUUAAAAUGUUCCAAAAUUCAAAGGUUA